AUGGCGCCGCCCCCCUCCCGGUUCGGCCUGGACGACCGAGCGGCCCGCUGGUUCGCGGCGUCACCGGUCCGCCGGCGACACCGGCAGCUCCUCAGGAGCCGCCGGCUCAGGCAGAACACAUGCGGCUCCCGUCGGCAACCCCACUGCUGUCCCGGCUGGUCGGAGAAGCCCGGCACCGACCUGUGCCUCCAACCGGUGUGUAACCGUCGGUGCGGCAAGGGCCGCUGCGUGCGGCCGAACCUGUGCGAGUGCGAGCGGGGGCAGCUGUCACCGGCAUGCUCCCCACCGGCAGAGGAGCGGCGCGUCCCCUCCUGCCAGGCCAUGUGCCUCAACGGAGGCACGUGCUUCGGCGACAAGUGCAUGUGUCGGGGCGGCUACAAGGGCGACUUCUGCAACGAGCCCGUCUGCACCGAGCCGUGCCUCAACGGUGGUCGCUGCAUCGGUCCGGACCGCUGCGCCUGCGUGUACGGUUUCACCGGACGCCGCUGCGAGGCUGACUACCGGACGGGGCCAUGCUUUACCGAGGUAAACAACGACAUGUGCAAGUCGCAGGUGCCGGGAGUCAUCUGCACCAAGCAGCUGUGCUGUGCCACCGUCGGCAAAGCCUGGGGCCACCCAUGCGAGCACUGCCCGGCCACCCUGCCAUGCGAGACGGGCUUCCUGAAGAACAUCCACAGCGGAGAGUGUGUCGACAUCGACGAGUGCCAGGCGAUCCCAGGCCUUUGCGAGGGUGGCAAGUGCAUCAACACGGUCGGCUCGUUCCGCUGCGAGUGUCCGCGCGGCCAGGUGCGCUCGGAGACCACCAACCAGUGCGUGGACGCCGACGAGUGCGGCCAGCCCGGCGUCUGCGAGCACGGCACCUGCGUCAACAUCGAGGGCGGCUACUUCUGCAGCUGCGACGCCGGUUACAUUCCCAGCCAGGACAAAAAGACCUGCAUGGACACGCGCCAGGGCACCUGCUACAUGGAGUACUCGGCUGGCCAGUGCAGCGGCCGGUUCCCGCACCUGCUGGCGCGCGUCGACUGCUGCUGCUCGGACCGGGUCGGCAAGGCCUGGGGCGUCGACGACUGCCAGCCCUGCCCGCAGGCCGGAACCAGGGAGCAUAAGAGCCUGUGCGCGACGGCCGGUGUGCUGCGGCUGAACGAGUGCGCCGUCCGACCCGAGAUCUGCGGCCACGGCAGAUGCGUCGACACGGCCGGCUCCUACCGCUGCGAAUGCGACUCCGGCUACGAGGUCGACCAGCGCACCGCUCGCUGCGAAGACAUCGACGAAUGCCGUCGCGGGGACGUCUGCCUGGGCGGCCAGUGCAUCAACACUGACGGCUCGUACCGCUGCCAGUGCCCGCGCGGCUUCGACAUGUCGGCCGACGGACGCCAGUGCAUCGACCACGACGAAUGCCUGUCGCGGGGUAUGUGUGCCAACGGGCGCUGCAUCAACAUCGACGGCAGCUUCAAGUGCGAGUGCGAUCGCGGCUUCCUGCUGUCGCCCACCGGCUUCUCCUGCGUCGACAUGGACGAGUGUCAGGAGAACUCGCGCAUUUGCCUGAACGGCCGCUGCGACAACGUGCCCGGCUCGUUCCGGUGCGUGUGCGAGAGGGGCUUCACACACUCGGCCGACGGCACGUUCUGCACCGACCUGGACGAGUGCCGCGAGGGCAACGUCUGCCAGAACGGCAAGUGCGCCAACAACGACGGCGGCUUCCAGUGCUUCUGCCACGCCGGCUACGUGCUGAGCCGGGACGGCACCACCUGUGUCGAUAUCGACGAGUGCGCCAUGCCGGACACGUGCCGGGGCGGCAGCUGCGUCAACACCCAGGGCAGCUUCCGGUGCCAGUGUCCGCCCGGCUUCACCCUCGGUCUGGACGGCAGACAGUGCGUGGACUCGCGUCGGGACUACUGCUUCGCCAUGUUCCGGGACGGCCAGUGUCUGAACCCGAGCACCAUGCCCGUCACCAAGUCGCAGUGCUGCUGCUGCACAGUGGUGGUGAACCAGCCGAUGGGCUGGGGAACCCCGUGCCAGCAGUGCCCCGAGCCGGGCACCAACGAAUUCAACCAGCUGUGCCCCUUCGGGCCGGGCAUGACCCACGAGGGCAGCGACAUUAACGAGUGCGCCCAGACGCCGGGUAUCUGCGGCAACGGCGCCUGCGAGAACCUGGACGGCAGCUACCGAUGCAUCUGUAACCCGGGAUACCGAGCCGACGAGACGGGCAAAGUCUGCGUCGACGAGGACGAGUGCGCGCGCGACCCGCUGCUGUGCGACGGCGGCCAGUGCCGCAACAUCGCCGGCGGCUUCCAGUGCAUGUGCCCGCCGGGGACCGCACACAACCCGGUGACGGACCACUGCGACGACAAGGACGAGUGCGUGGAGCUGGGACCCGACGUCUGCGUCAAUGGCCGCUGCCUCAACACACUGGCCAGCUUCGAGUGCGUCUGUCCGGACGGCAUGGUGCUGGACAGCACGCAGCGCAUCUGCAUCGACAACCGGCGCGGCUCGUGCUGGACCAAGGUGCGCGGUGGUCGGUGCGAGGCCAACCUGCCGGGCGCCAUCCUCAAGUCCGAGUGCUGCUGCUCGGUCGGCCUCGCCUGGGGAAGCCCCUGCGAGAUGUGCAACACCAACGACUGCGAGUGCGGCAUCGGAUACGCCAAGCUGGACGGCAAGACCUGCACGGACAUCAAUGAAUGUCUGCUGAGCCCGGACAUCUGCGAGGGCGGUGGCGUGUGCGUCAACACGGAGGGCUCCUUCACGUGCGACUGUCCGCCGGGCCUCACGCUCGACUCGUCGCGCACCAAAUGUGUCGACCUGCGCGAGGAGACGUGCUACCUCGAGUACCGCAGCGGGCAGUGCUCGCGCGCGCUCACCGGUCGCUACAAGAAGGCCAUGUGCUGCUGCGCCAUGGGAGCGGCCUGGGGCGACGACAGGUGCGAGCAGUGUCCGCCGCAGGGCUCGAGCGCGUUUGACGAGCUCUGUCCCAAGGGCGCCGGCUUCCUACAGCGCAAGGACAUCAACGAGUGCACCGAGUUCGCCGACAUCUGCCUGAACGGCCGCUGUAGGAACAGCAUCGGCAGCUUCCAGUGCCGCUGCAACCAGGGCUACUCGCUGGACGAGUCUGGCGUCACGUGUCUCGACAUUGAUGAAUGCAAUAUCAUGAAGGGAGUAUGCGGCAACGGCACGUGCCAGAACACGCCGGGCAGCUUUGUCUGCGACUGCAACGAGGGCUUCGAGUCCACCAUGAUGAUGCAGGUCUGCAUGGACAUUGACGAGUGUUCUCGCACGCCUGGCCUAUGCCGAGGCGGCCGCUGCAUCAACACGCCGGGCAGCUUCCGCUGCGAGUGCCCGCCCGGCCACCAGGUGGCGCCCAACGGCCGCUCCUGCAAAGACAUCGACGAGUGCUCUCAGACGUCUGGCAUCUGCAGCAACGGCGUGUGCGAGAACAUGAUGGGCGCCUACCAGUGCGUGUGCGACACUGGCUACCAGCAGACGUCCCAGGGCGCCCACUGCGAGGACCAGGACGAGUGCGGAGUGAACAACGGUGGCUGCGGCCACAUCUGCAACAACAACAUGGGCAGCUUCUCAUGCUCCUGCCACCCAGGGUACACGCUGCUCGGAGACGGGCGCAGCUGCGUCGACAUCGACGAGUGCAAGACGGGAGACGACGUCUGCAACGGCGGCAAGUGCGUCAACGUACCCGGCAGCUACCGAUGCACGUGCGAGGGCGGUCUCAAGUACAGCGGGCAGGGGGAGGCGUGCGAAGAUGUUGACGAGUGCAGCAUGGACCCGCUGCUCUGCCAGAACGGCAAGUGCGACAAUUCGCUGGGCUCGUUCGUGUGCCACUGCGACGCCGGCUACGCACAGGCCGAGGACGGGCCCGGCUGCGUGGACGUGGACGAGUGCGCGGAUGGCACCUGCGACUGCGACAUCAACGCCGAGUGCAUCAAUACGCCGGGCAGCUACGAGUGCGAGUGCAGGGAGGGCUUCACCGGCAACGGCAUCACCUGCAUGGACGUCAACGAGUGCCUGGUCAACAACGGCGGCUGCUCGCAGGACGCCCAGUGCAUCAACACCGAGGGCUCGUUCAAGUGCGUAUGCGACGUGGGCUUCAGCGGCGACGGCAGAACGUGCUCCGACAUUGACGAGUGCGCCAACGACGCGAGUCUCUGCGAGAACGGCCACUGUCUGAACUAUCCGGGGUCGUUCCGGUGCGACUGCGAGAUGGGCUUCAUGCACCAGGACGACUCCAACGAGAAGGCUUGCGUUGACAUCAACGAGUGCACCAUGUUCACCAACUUGUGCGUGUUCGGCCGCUGCGAGAACAUCUACGGGAUGUUCCGCUGCAUCUGCGAUGAGGGUUACCAGCUGGACAAGACCGGUGGCAACUGUACAGACGUGGACGAGUGCAUCAAUCCGCAGGCGUGCCUCUUCGGAACAUGCAUCAACACUCAGGGCAGCUACAUCUGCAAGUGCCCGCCCAACUAUGAGCUCAUCGAGGCUGGGAACGGAUGCGUAGACCGGCGCGUGGCGCAGUGUUUCGUCGAGGUGGAGGAGAUCCGCGGUCGCAACAUCUGCAGCAUGAUGACAGGCCAGCAGGUGACCCGCGCCACCUGCUGCUGCUCAGUUGGCAAGGCCUGGGGACCCAACUGUCAGCUGUGCCCGCAGCCCAACACGGCCGAGUACGACGAGCUGUGUCCCAACGGGCCCGGAUACCGGCCCAACGAGAUCACGGUUGUCGUGGAGGACAUGAACGAGUGCGAUGAGAUGGAGAACCUCUGCAUGAACGGCCGCUGCACCAACACCUUCGGCUCCUUCAUGUGCACCUGCUACGACGGCUACACUCUGAACGAGGCGGGCACCACGUGCGUCGACGUGGACGAGUGCGUGGAGCAGCCGGGAAUCUGCGGCAUCGGCACCUGCUCCAACACGCAGGGCUCGUUCAUCUGCCGCUGCCCGGACGGCUACAUGCUGAUGCCGAACGGGCGCGACUGCGUCGACAUGCGCCGGGAGCCAUGCUACAUGGCGUUCGCCGAGGGCGUCUGCUCGCAGCCCAUGCGCAGCGACGAGACGCGGAUGCAGUGCUGCUGCUCCAUGGGCGCCGCCUGGGGGCUCGACUGCAAAGCCUGCCCCGCCAAGGCAACAGCCGACUACCGGGACCUCUGCGGCAUCUCGGACCCUGGCCUCUUCGUGGACCCGAUGACGGGCGACGAGAAGGAGAUCGACGAGUGCGCCAUGAUGCCGGGCAUGUGCAAGCACGGCACGUGCGUCAACACGCUGGGCAGCUUCCACUGCGAGUGCGACCAGGGCUACCGCUACGACGAGGCGUCCCACUCCUGCCUGGACCUGGACGAGUGUCUGCAGACGCCGUACCCGUGCCGCGGCAACGCGCAGUGCAUUAACCAGGCGGGCAGCUUCCACUGCAUCUGCCCGCCCGGUUAUCGGCUGGCGAUCAGCGGCCUCGACUGUCUGGACGUCGACGAGUGCCGCGACCGGCCUGGCAUCUGCAACAACGGAGAGUGCAACAACAUGCAGGGCAACUUCCAGUGCAUCUGUGAGAGCGGUUUCACUCUCUCGACGUCCGGAGACUCGUGCGUCGACAUCGACGAAUGCUCACGCAACCCCAACAUCUGCAACAACGGCGUGUGCAUGAACACGCUCGGCUCCUACAAAUGCAGCUGUGACCAGGGCUUCCGCCUGACAGCGCAGGGCGACUGCGAGGACAUCGACGAGUGCCGCUCGCGCAUCGGCGUGUGCCGGAACGGCCGCUGCCGCAACACGGCCGGCUCGUUCGUCUGCGAGUGCGCCGACGGCUACAAGCUGUCAGCAGACGGCACCGCCUGCCAGGACGUGGACGAGUGCGUCGAGACGGCCGACUUCUGCCCACCGCCCGGCGACUGUCGUAACUUGAUCGGCGCCGUCCAGUGCGUCUGCCCCGACGGCUUCACGCUCGCCGAAAACGGCACGAUUUGCCUCGACGUGGACGAGUGCGCCCCGGGCCACCUGUGCAGCGGCGGCGAGUGCAUCAACGAGUUCGGCGCGUUCCGCUGCAUCUGCCCGCCCGGCUUCCAGCUGUCCGAGGACAGCAUGGUCUGCAAGGACGUACGCCAGGAGCCGUGCUACGACGCCUGGCAGCCGAACACGUGCUCGCGCCGCCGGCCGGCGAUGAUCACGCGUGCCCAGUGCUGCUGCUCGUCGGCGGCCGCCUGGGGGCGCGACUGUCAGCGGUGCCCGGACACGAGGGCGCCGGAGUACGCCCAGCUCUGCCCCGGCGGUCCCGGUCGCGGUCCGGAUGCUGAGGACCUGAACGAGUGCGAGAUCAUGAUGAACCCCUGCGUGGGUGGCGAGUGCAUCAACACGGACGGCUCGUUCCGCUGCGCCUGCCCCGCCGGAUACGUGCUGGACGAUUCCGGUCACAACUGCAUCGACGAGAACGAGUGCGUAACACAGCCGGGCAUCUGCGGCAACGGCACGUGCACCAACACCGAGGGCAGCUUCGAGUGCGACUGCCAGCCCGGCUUCACGGCCGGCCCCAUGCAGAUCUGCGUGGACGUGGACGAAUGCAGGGAGCUGGGACACCUGUGCGCCUUCCGUUGCCACAACACGCUCGGCUCAUUCCGCUGCAUCUGCCCGUACGGCUACAUGCUGGCUGCCGACGGCCAGCACUGCCUCGACGUGGACGAGUGCCAGACACCUGCCAACAACUGCCGCUUCCAGUGCAAAAACCUCAUCGGAACAUUUAUGUGCGUCUGUCCCGAGGGCUAUCAGAAGAUCGGCAUCGGAGACAACUGCCAGGACAUCAACGAGUGCGCAGUCAACCGGGACAUCUGCCACAACGGCUACUGCAUCAACACCAAGGGCGGCUACCGGUGCGACUGCAAGGAGGGCUACGUGACCUCCCCAGACGGCACAGAGUGUAUCGACCGGCGCACGGGCUACUGCUUCCGCCACCUGGUGGGUGGACGCUGCAGCUCGCAGGGCGCUGAUCAGCUGAUGAAGGUGACCAAGGCCGACUGCUGCUGCACCAUGGGCACCGCCUGGGGGCCCGAGUGCGAACACUGCCCGGGCCGCUACUCGCGCCAGUACGAGCAGCUCUGCCUGGAGGCUGGCUACUCCAUCGACGGCUCAGACAUUGACGAGUGCCGCACCAUCCCCGGCCUGUGCAAGAACGGCCGCUGCAUCAACACGCUGGGCUCGUACCGCUGCAUGUGCGAGCGGGGCUACAAGCCAGACCACACCGGCAUGCACUGCAUCGAUGUGAACGAGUGUGUGCAGUCGCCGCCGCCGUGUCGCUACGACUGCGAGAAUUCGGAUGGCUCGUACCGGUGCCUCUGCCCGACCGGCUUCGUGCUGGACCUGGACGGCAGCAGCUGCAAGGACCUGGACGAGUGUGCCACCGGGCAGCACAUGUGCCAGCACGAGUGCACCAACACUCAGGGCUCGUAUCGCUGCUCGUGUCCCGACGGCUACCGCCAGCUGGGCGACCAGUGCAUGGACGUGAAUGAGUGCAUCGAGACGCCGAGCAUCUGUGGCCCGCUGGGGGCCUGCUCCAACGUGCCAGGAAGCUACCGAUGCGUCUGCCCCAGCGGCUACCGCCUGGACGAGGCCGGCGCCCUGUGUGUGCAGGAGGAGAUCGACUACUCCGACUACGACUGCGGCCAGGACUACUGCGAUGAAGACGAGUCCCAGGGUUGCCGGGAGAUGUUCGGCCGCACCAUCUGCACGUGCCCCGAGGGCUACGUGCAGAGCUUCCGGCUGGGCCAGUGCGUGGACGACGACGAGUGCAACAAGCGGCCGUGUGGCACGGCCUCCUGCCAGAACACAGUCGGCAGCUACCGAUGUCAGUGCCCUCCCGGCUACCAGUUCAACGUGCGGAUGCUCGUUUGCGUGCAGAUGGCGCCGGCGUGCGUGUCUAGCUCCUGUUCGUUCGGCUGCCAGCCGUCGGGCGGCGCUGGUGGCGUCAGCUGCGGCUGUCCCCAGGGCUACCAGAGCUUCGGACAGGGCCACUGUAUAUCGACCAUCAGUCCGGCUGGUGGCGGCUGGAGCUCGCAGCAGACCUCCUACAGUAGCUACCAGCAGUUCAACACACAGACCGACACCAGCAACGUGAUCAGCACCGAAGGCUGCUUCUCCUGCAAGAUCAACGGCAAGAGCCCACGCGGCAAACGCAGUGCGCCAUCGCUGGACGUGGUGCGUCAGCUGCUCCGACUCAACGGUACCUACGACAGCGCAGAGCUGAACGAGAUGGACGUGGGUGCCGAUCAUCAAAAGAGUCACCACCACAGCAAGCACCAUCACAAGAAGCAUCACCACAAGAAGCAUUCCGGAAAGCGCGUGAAGCUGCGCUCGAGGCCCGAAGAUGGUCAGGAUGCCCUCCUGAUUCAGAUUCAGCUUAGCCAGACGAGAAAGAAGACGAAGAUCAUCCGACUGCAGCCCGCUCUUAAGUACCUCCAGCACAACGUCCACUACUCGAUCGCUUCGGGCAACGAAGCGGGCCGUUUCCUGCUGCUGACGCGCAACGACAUCACAUCGCUGCACUUCGUGCACAGGCAGCAGAAGCCCGGCCAGUACGACCUGGUGCUGACCGGCAACCCCAUCCACCGGGUCACGGGUCACCAGGACGCGGCGCCGUUCCGCCUGCCCGUCCGGAUCUUGGUAGUGGAGUAGACGCGGAGGCGACAGUGACGCCGCCUUUAGCGACGACCGUGACGUCCUCUUGAGCGGUGUGGUGCUGCCAUCUAGCGGCCGCUGCCGGCGCGGUUCACACCGCGCGGCGCGCCAGGCUGGGCCGCGGGCCAGCCGCCGGUGGGAGUUUGCGUGCAUGUGUCUGUGUGUCCGCGUGUGCGGUGAUGGUUAAUGGAGUCUGCACGUGUGUCUGUCCGCGCUCACAGCAUGCCGGAGGGAGUUUGUCGCGCAAGUCGGAGUGCAAACGUCCUCAUGUACGUCCGUUCACGUUGGGCGAACGGGUCUGGUGAGCGUGCGUGUCGGAAUAGGUAUCUGCGUGCGUUAGUAAGCAUCGGUGAGCCAUACAUCAGAGCUCGCGAGUGUCUGUGUUCCAGGUCCGAUGUCAGUGUGCCGAAGAGAGACUGAAUGUGCGUGACAAUAUAAAGCUCGAUUCCACUGCCAGUAUAGAACAGUGCCAUAGAGCGCUUGACUCCACUGUAACUUGCCAUAUGCUUUCUUAUGCGGCACGAACUGUAACAUCACGUCCUAUGAGAACAUUCAGGGCAGCAAGUGUGGUCUUGAAGCCUUCCGAAUCCCGCGACGUGCCUUCGACCGUGUGAGAUAGUUGGCGGUGUUUGGUCGCUAUAGUGCUGUUUAAACGCGACAUGCUGUCAAGAGCGUGGUGUGCUUAGAGAACGGAUCGACAUCCAGCUGGGCUGAUGACCUGUGCAGUAUCGACCACGCCAAAUGUUCGCGAAGCCCCAGUGUUGCGUGUAGAUACGCUUCGCAACAGGUCCCGCUAGGGCAUUGUGAGAUGGGCAGAAUGACGUCAUUUAAUCCUUCUCAUGGCCUGAUGUGGACCUUCAAGUGACGUAGGCCAUGUUGACGGAUAGACUAUAAUUACUUAUGUUGCAGUCCUUAUCGACGCAACUAUCGGCUUUUAACCAUAGCAGAAUCCUGGAACUGUUACUAAUAUACUUUGUUUUAAAU